AUGAAUGAGGGAGAGGAGACAGCAAAAAGCUUGAAUUUUUGUCAAAGAUUGAAUGUGGCAGUUUAUGUUGGUUGUGCAUUAGAGUAUCUUCAUCAUCUUUGCGAAGCCCCAAUUGUUCAUUGUGAUCUUAAGCCAAGCAAUAUUCUACUUGAUGAUGAAAUGGUUGGCCAUAUAGGUGACUUUGGGCUAGCAAAAUUCAUUACAUCAGACAUACAAAAUAGCACUUCAAGCCUGUCAAGCUUUCUUGGGUUAAGAGGAACAAUUGGUUAUGCUCCGCAGGAAUAUGGCUUAGGAUGUAAUGUGACAACAUAUGGAGAUGUUUACAGCUAUAGCAUUCUUUUGCUGGAGAUGUUUACAGGGAGAAGACCAACUGAUGAAAUGUUUAAAGAGAAUCUGAACCUCCAUAACUUUGUUAAAAUAGCUUUGCCAAAUCGAGUGGCUGAGAUUACGGAUCCCACUUUUCUUCAAGAAAGUUUUAAAGGAGAAACAGUGAUGAACAACACUUUCAAUGAGAGCAGCCAAAAACAUAAUAGACUUCUUCGAAGCUUGAAUUCCAUAUUUGAAAUUGGAAUUUCUUGUUCUUUUGAAUUGCCAACUGAAAGAAUGAACCAGGCUAAUGUUGUUGCCGAGUUUUGUUCUGUAAGAGACAAGCUGCUUCCAACUCAAUCAUUAAGAACAAGAGCUGCAGAUGCAGUUUUGAUCACUAUCAUAUUUGAUUGGGAACUCCCCGGCGCUCUAUAUUCUGUCCUGCAAACAAUCCCUCCCCUGGAAAGAAACAGGGAAAAGAAGAAAAGAUCAUCAUUUCCUUUAGCAGCAGACCAAAUCUGUAAGAAAGUUAGAUUUAGCCAGAACCAACUCAGUGGACCAUUCCCUCCUUCAAUAUCCAAUGCCUCUAACCUCAUUGCGCUUCAGGUUGACGGGAACAAAUUUAGUGGAAAGAUAUCUUUAUUCCAAAAGCUAGAAAAGUUACGAAAAUUGAAUAUUGGUGACAAUCUUCUUGGUAGUCAGGGAGCAAAUGACUUAAACUUCCUCUGCUCUUUAACUAGUGCCACCAGCUUGGAAAUUGUGGUUAUUAACGACAACAGCUUUGGAGGGAUAUUACCAGAGUGCAUAAGCAAUUUGUCAACUCCUAUGACCUUUUUUUAUAUGGAAGGCAAUAACAUGGUGGGAAGAAUACCAGCAGGAUUUGGAAAUCUAAUCAACUUGGAAGGGUUGGUGGUAGGAGAAAAUCAAUUAUCAGGUUCCAUUCCAUCUGUCAUAGGCAGGUUUCAAAAACUAAAAUAUUUUGCUGUAAAUAUUAAUUCUAUCUCUGGAUCCAUCCCCACUUCAUUGGGAAAUUUAAAGAUGUUGAUCAAGUUGUAUCUAAAUGACAACAAUCUUCAGGGCGAAACUCCUCCAAGUCUAGGCAAAUGUGAAAAUCUGAUUUUUUUUUUAGAUCUUUCUAAUAACAAUCUCAGUGGUUCUAUACCUUCUCAAAUAGUUGGACUAUCAUCCUUAUUUAUCGGUCUAUACUUAUUUUCAAACCGUUUGACUGGCGUGCUUCCCAUUGAAGUAGGAAAUUCAAGAAAUCUUGGUGAAUUAGAUGUUUCUCAAAACAUGUUAUCUAGUGUCAUUCCAAAUGAUCUUGGUAAUUGUAUGAGGUUCGAGGUACUACUGAUGAGAGGCUAUUUCUUCAAUGGAUCAAUUCCUUCAUCUUUGAGUUCUUUGAGAGAACAAGCGGAAUUGAAUCUAGAGUUUCCUAUGAAUAAAUACGUAAUUUUUAUUAGAAGGUUAAUUAAUUUCUGUUAUGUUGAAAUUAUCUUGAAUAGGCCAUUAAUUAUUUUGGGGAGAAAAACUAGGUGGUGGAAUUAG